AUGAAGGUGAAUUUUGCCGAGGAUAUGAGCAUGUCCAACCAAUGCAACAUCCACCCAAUUGGGACCUGCUACUCUGGAGAACUUUCUCGUCAGCUAUUGAGUGGGGUGAUAGCAUUCAAAGUGAUUCUGAUGUCAAUUCCUUCUUCGUCAUCUAGGAACACCACGAGGCAGAAAUUCAGGAACAAGAAAGCUCAUUGCGCAAGGAACAUGCUGGUGGACUACGCUAAACACAUGAAAUACUGUUCAGUAUGCUACAUGUUUGGAUUCGAAGAUCCCGAAAGUGAUGUUGUCCAUACACCCGAUAAAUGUGUCAUUUUUGCUCGUUUCAGGACUGACAAGAACGCUGGUCCUAACGCUGACUGGUACCAAGAAUUCAACAAGGUGGAGAUCUACUCUCGUUCAUCUCAAUGGUCUUAUCAGGAAGUUUAA